GACUCGACAGCAAAAGAAAAUGUUGAGAUUCGAGUAUUCAACCACGACUACAGAGCAACAGUUGAUGAAAUCCAUUCCUUGUUGGAAAGAGCAAAGCUAGAACACAGAGGUUUUACCAAAUCAGCCAUCAAAAAGUCCAUCGCGUCGGUAGAUGAACAACCGAUCUACACGACCACGCUCCACUUCGACAAAACAGUUCCGUGUAAACGGUUGGUGUUUGUAGAACAAGAAAUCCGGUGGCUUUUACCAGAAGUCUGGGGCUUAGACAUUUCCAAACGCGUCGUCUCCACAGUUUCGCGUGGCAUGUUUAAUGGCGGGAAAAUCUGCACGGCGGGAAUUGAAAUUCAUUUGCCGCCACAAAGAGGCUACACAAGGGGAAUCGAAAAAAGAGAAACUUGUUAUGAGUGGUGUUUGUUAUGCUUCCACGCUGCAACGAGAAACUAA